AUGGCGGACUACAUUUGCCCGAGGUGUGAGUCUGGUUUUAUUGAAGAACUUCCUGAGGAGCCAAGGAAUGCUGACAAUGGGUCCAGCUCUUCCACAGCGACCAGCGAUCAGAGCAGGCAUCCAUUCGAGAAUGUGGAUCAGCACUUAUUCACCUUGCCACAGGGGUAUGGCCAAUUUGCCUUUGGGAUUUUUGAUGACAGCUUUGAGUUUCCUGCUUUUGGGUCCAAUGUGCAAUCUGAAGACAACAGGGAUACGGAGAACCGGCGGGAGAGGGAGCACCAAUCUCGGCACCGAUAUGGGGCCCGGCAGCCCCGAGCCCGUCUCACCGCACGGCGUGCCGCUGGCAGGCAUGAAGGAGUUCCCACGCUAGAAGGAAUUAUACAGCAGUUGGUGAAUGGAAUUAUUGCACCUACUACCAUACCGAACCUAGGAAUAGGUCCUUGGGGAGUCUUGCAUUCGAAUCCAAUGGACUAUGCCUGGGGUGCCAACGGCUUGGAUGCAAUUAUUACACAGUUACUAAAUCAGUUUGAAAAUACCGGACCGCCUCCAGCAGACAAGGAGAAGAUCCAGGCCCUCCCCACCACUCAGAUAACACAGGAACACGUAGAUUCUGGGUUGGAGUGUCCUGUAUGUAAAGAAGACUACACAGUGGGCGAAAACGUCCGGCAGUUACCUUGCAAUCACCUAUUCCACAACGGCUGUAUAGUCCCCUGGCUGGAACAGCACGACACAUGCCCAGUGUGCCGGAAAAGUUUAAGUGGACAAAACACUGCCACAAACCCCCCAGGACUCACAGGGAUGAACUUCUCCUCGUCCUCCUCCUCCUCUUCCUCCAGUUCACCAAGUAAUGAGAACUCGUCAAACAACUCUUGAAUCGUAAACCAGCCCUCUCCCCAUCCACCCCUACCCUGGCCCUGUGCGCUUUCCAGUGCCCUUCCUCCCUCCCUAGCCAACACAAGCAACUACGGGCCUCCAGAGCAGAGUGAGGGUGGGGUCAGGGGCGCGAGGGGAGGAAGCAGAAACCCCCCAAAUCCCCCCUUCUGAGUUCUGAAGAUGUCAGAGGCCUCUGGUUCUUCCGAGAUGAGAAGUCUCAAGUUCUGCAGUGUGGGAUGGGGGGGAAGCACUCUGGCUCGGAGCUCAUCUGGUCGCUGCGUGGACUCUUUAACGUUGCAGUGAAAAGGCCGCCCAGGGUCCCUGAAUGGAAACCUGAGGUGCUGAGAUUCUGGAUGGGAAGGCUGUUUGUAUGGUUGUGAAUUUGAGAUUCCUUUUUCUCCACGUCGUCUUUUUUUUUUUUUUUUCCCCCCUCCCUGCCUCCCCUUCUGCUUUGGAAGUUUUAAACCUUUGAAAUGAAAGUGUAAUACUCUGGUUUGCUCCCAGGAUUUCCAGGCGGGGAGGGCUGGCAGGCGUUAGCUAGUUGCCACCGCAAAAUGUGAAGUCCUGAAAUAGGCCCGACUCUUCCUCCCUUUCCCUGCCUCUGAUCCUUCAUUUUUCUCUCGAUAACCUCACCCUUCUGAUAUUCGACACUGAAAGGGUUUUUAUAAUUUUAAAUUAUUACUGCUGUUAAAUAAAUGGACGUUUCAGCUCACUGAGAAGUUACGCAUGAUUUGUGGAAAAAUACAGGGUAAACUCUUCUGAGAGUACUGUACUUUCCCAGUGCAAAUCCAGUCUGCACUGGGACUGUGGAACCCUCGGCAGUGUGCCGUCUGCCAGCACCCAAUGCCUCUUUAACCCCGGGUUCCUCCGUGACCAACGCCCCAUACACACAUUGCCAGCCUGUCAAUCGUCGUCAGCUGCGGGACUGCAACUUUGCAGCGUUCUGGCCUGCAGUUUUUUUGUAUUUUUUCAUCCCUUCCAUCCUGCCCGGUCGCAAUCCGGCCCUUCUCAUCCCGGAUGGAAUCGUGUGGAGCGUCUGACAUCAGGCCUGGAAGUGCAUCAGAGCGAGGAACAGACAGAUGCCAUCGUGAUCAAAUGAAAUACAUAAAAUACAUGAUGAAUGACAUUGGGGGGGUGGGGGAGGGGAGGGGAAGAAAUGUGUAUAUCAAAGCUACUUAAAAAAAAAAUACAGCUGAUUUAAAACCUUCCAGG